AUGUCGCUAGCAUCAACUGAGUCUUGUCCGAGAUCUGACGUCUUUUCGACCGCCACCAAAACUGAAAUCAAAUGGCUCGCCGGAGAUUCCUGCUGGGUGUGUCAUUCUACAGAUCCUCAGAUCUGCGAUGUGAUCGGAAAAGAAGAUAAGCAGGUGGACCUUUGGUUGAACGCCAGCCUUAUCGACUUUAGCCUGACAUCGGCAGCAAAUGGGAUCCCGCUCUGUGGAAGCUGUCACACGCAAUUUGAUCGAGAUCACGACCCAGGUGUUAUAUUCAUACCGACCGACUUGCAGUACUUUAUCGAUUUCGAACUUGAUGAUAGAAAGCGGAGAUCUACCGCUAGCAGCGUUCUUAAUCGAAAGGUCCCGACAAGUGCCAUGUAUAAGGACCAUUUGAUAAAGAACAACAAGAUCUCAGAGUGUGCGACUAGUGGACUCUACCGUCGAAUUUUUCUGAAAAAUUAUCUACACCCAGGUCUUAUCUCUCCAGAGGAUCUCGGCGUUACGACUUCCAAACAGUGGCAUGGGGCACCAAUUGCAACGUUGCGACGAGGCAUUAUGACCCUCGGAAGUCCGAGGGUCACUUCCCUCGACGAAGUGACUGUCAAUCAACUGCAGACACUUCGUGAUUUGUACUUCCGGCCGACAGAAGACAACCCAGUCAAUAUCCGGAGCAGUCGAUCUCUACCAGACCAUAAAGGCGAGAAGCGACCCGUAGAUGGUGACGAGGGACAACUUGAAAGUAAGAGGGUUAAGCAGGAUCUGACCUGGGUAGAUAAGCCCGAGGACACAGAUGGCAACAACUUCAACCACCAGCAGAACCGCGGCUGCGCUUUCAGAGACGAGUGGGUUUUAGGGCCCGAUCUAACCACACAAGAAGUCAUUUGUCGUUAUGCUCCUAUAUUUGCUCAUCAUUGA